GCUCACCGUGGAAUGAGCUAGACCUAAUAUGUAGAGUAUACGGCUUGCAUGGAGCUUUUACAUAUCACUGGGAAGACUCAGAGGCUCGAUGAAUGCAACAAUGUGGAUUGGAGCUACAGCACUUCCAACAACAAUGACAUAAAGACUUUUUGUUAUGAAAAUUAUAAUUUAGCAGCCGAGGUUUCACCAGAUCAGUAUGAGACUAUACAGUUGGAACCAACACUUGAUGCACCAGAUGUGAAACAUCUUCAUGGAGAUGCAGCCAAGGAGCAAAAAAAGAUAUGCUGCUUGGAAGAACUUGAGACUUCAUUUACAUAUGUUGAUGAAAAUGUCAACAUUGAGCUAGUGACCCAUCCACCUUCCAAUACGACAACCCAUGGACAUCUGCAUCACACGACUGACCUAGAAAUUCAACCAGAUCCGAUACAGGAUGCAUCCUUAAUGUUCGAUGAUGAUGCUCUAUCUGAAGCCUCUGGAAAGUCUGUAGAUUAUGGAUUCAUCAGUGCAGUUACUUUCCUUGUUACGGGGAUAUUACUUGUAAUCAUUUCAUACUUAGUCCCAAGGGACAUCAAAUCCGAUCCAAACUCAACCACAGCUAGAGAAAUGGAGCAAUUAGAAAAGAAGAAUGCCAUCAUAGGUGGCCAUCUGGAUAGGUGCGUUAUAGCUGGGCUUUGUCUUUUAACUCUGGGUGGUGUAGUUUUAUCAAUUUUACUAAUGAUAUCCAUGUGGAAGGGUGAAAUAUACAGGAGAAAAACCUUAGCAGCUAAAGAAUCUUCAAAACUGUAUGGAUCCAUCAAUUUUAACCAAGCAAAGACUGGUGGUAAUGACAAUGUAUUAGUGCAAGAGGAUACAGUGGACAUUAAUUAAAAUACACGUUUUUUUUUCUAUAUUCUGCUUUUACAAAUAAAUAUACUACAUUUUGUGUUAAAAUAAAAGGGUCACUCAAGGUUAGGUUUACUUCUCAUAUUUUCUUACAUAUUGUUUUAGCAACCUUCUGGGGAAGGAAAUCUUUGGGUUUUCUUAGCCAAUGUUUUUUUCACCUAUAACUUUCCAUAGAAUAAUUAUGGUGUUUGGACUUGGGCAUUGACUCUUGCUCAUUAAUGUCUCAUUCAAGUUAAUGAUACAAAGUGUAUACAUGCACAACAGAUCUGUUCAUAGCUUUC